GUUGGAUGCCAGGUUUGGUGCCGGAAGGAUGGCCGCUCAACGAGUAUUCCCACUUUCCUGUGUGGUGCAGCAGUAUGCCUGGGGGAAGAUGGGUUCCAACAGUGAAGUGGCUAGGCUGCUGGCUAGCAGUGAUGCACUGGCUCAGAUCUCAGAGGACAAGCCAUAUGCAGAGCUGUGGAUGGGGACCCACCCCAGGGGAGAUUCCAAGAUCCUUGACAACCGCAUCUCACAGAAGACCCUAGGCCAGUGGAUUGCUGAGAACCAGGAGUGCUUGGGUUCGAAGGUCAAGGACACCUUCAGUGGCAAGCUGCCCUUCCUCUUCAAAGUGCUGUCAGUUGAAACGGCCUUGUCCAUCCAGGCACACCCUAACAAGGAGCUGGCAGAGAAGCUGCACCUGCAGGCUCCACAGCACUACCCUGAUGCCAACCAUAAGCCAGAGAUAGCCAUUGCCCUCACCUCCUUCCAGGGCUUAUGUGGCUUCCGGCCAGUUGAAGAGAUUGUGACCUUUCUGACGAAGGUGCCCGAGUUCCAGUUUCUAAUUGGAGACAGUGCAGCAACACAGCUGAAGCAGAGCAUAAGCCAUGACUCCCAGGCUGUGGCCUCUGCUCUGCGGAGCUGUUUCUCCCAUCUGAUGAAUAGCGAAAAGAAGGUAGUGGUGGAGCAGCUCAACCUGUUGGUGAAGCGGAUCUCCCAACAAGUGGCUGCUGGAAACAACAUGGAAGACAUCUGUGGGGAGCUCUUGCUGCAGCUGCACCAGCAGUACCCAGGUGAUAUUGGGUGCUUUGCCAUCUACUUCUUGAACCUGCUUACCCUGAAGCCAGGGGAGGCCAUGUUUCUGGAGGCCAACGUGCCCCAUGCCUACCUGAAAGGAGACUGCGUGGAAUGCAUGGCAUGUUCAGACAACACGGUGCGUGCUGGCCUGACACCCAAGUUCAUCGAUGUGUCGACUCUGUGUGAAAUGCUCAGCUAUACCCCCAGCCCCAGCCAGGACAGGCUCUUCCCUCCAACACAGAGUCAAGAAGACCCUUACCUCGUUAUCUAUGACCCCCCUGUGCCAGACUUCACUGUUAUGAAGAUGGAGGUACCUGGCUCCGUUCCUGAAUACAAGGUCUUGGCACUAGACUCUGCCAGCAUUCUCUUGAUGGUUCAGGGAACAGUGACAGCCAGCACCCCCACAGCCCAGGCAACUAUCCCCCUGCAGCGUGGCGGGGUGCUCUUCAUUGGGGCCAAUGAGAGUGUGUCACUGAAGCUCACUAUGCCUGAGGACCUGCUGAUGUUCCGUGCCUGCUGUCUACUGUAGAGACCACAGCCGUCCUGGCUUUCCUCUGCCAGUCACCCUACCUCCUGGCCAGCCUCACCUCUUCAGACCCAGCCCAAAUCCCUUCCCUGCUCUGAGUUCUUUGGGUAUACCCUGCAAGAGCAGGGUAGAGGAGUAAGCUUCAAAGUACUGAUUCCUGAGCAGCCCUAGCCUGAACCGUCUUCUUCUGGGGGCAGAAUCUGAGGACUAAGGGCUGACACUUCCCUUGUAUUCUAGCUACCCUUGAGCUGGGCUCCCCUCAAUGCAGGAAGCAGUAGCUCUGUUCCAGCCUGUAGCAUUAGGCAGGAUGGUGAAACCUGUGAUUAGCUCAGCAUCAGUCAGAGCAAGACAAUUAAUUUCUAAGAACAGGGUUCUGGCCCUGGGACUGCCUAUUUCCUCAGCUGCAGAGAAGGAGGGGAAGGGAAGGCCUGGGGACUAACGUUGCUUACUCUGGCUCUGUCAAAGCAAUUAAAGAUCACUUGUGUUGAGGCCUGUGGGCUAAGAGCA